UAAAUCUCAGUCGUCAGAGGAAGAAAACACCGAGCGUGUGUUCGGACUUCCCAUGUGGUACUGGAAUUAAUUUAAAUGAAAAGGUAAGAGUAAUACAAAGUGUCAGUUUCCAGCAGCCAUGGGGAAGAAAGGAAAGAAAGAGAAAAAGGUGAAGGGAGCGGAGAAGACGGCCGCUAAAAUGGAGAAAAAGGUCUCAAAGAGGUCCAAACGAGAAGAGGAGGACUUGGAGGCUUUGAUUGCUGAGUUUCAGAAUCUGGAUGCAAAGAAGACUCAGGUCGUAGAGACAACGUGUCCGCCUCCAUCACCAAGAUUAAGUGCCUCACUCUGUGCUCAUCCUGAGAAAGAUGAACUCAUCCUAUUUGGAGGAGAAUUCUUCAACGGAAAGAAGACGUAUCUUUACAACGACCUGUUUUUCUACAACAUCAAGAAGAACAGCUGGGUUAAAUCUGAGAUUCCCAACCCUCCUCCACCGCGCUGCUCUCACCAGGCGGUGGUGGUUCCCCAGGGCGGGGGCCAGCUCUGGGUGUUCGGGGGAGAGUUUGCCUCUCCAAACGGGGAGCAGUUCUACCACUACAAGGACCUCUGGGUGCUGCACCUGGCUACACACACCUGGGAGAACAUCAAGGCCCCUGGGGGUCCGUCGGGCCGCAGUGGCCACCGGAUGGUCCUCAGCAAGAGGCAGCUGCUGGUGUUUGGAGGUUUCCAUGAGAGCACCAGGGAUUUCAUCUACUACAACGACGUCUACUCUUUCUCCCUGGACACCUUCUCUUGGUCACGCCUCUCUCCUUCAGGCUCCGCCCCCUCCCCACGCUCCGCCUGUCAGAUGACGUCCACGCCGGACGGCACGGGCGUCAUCAUCUACGGGGGAUACUCCAAAGUGAGAGUCAAGAAGGAGGUAGAGAAGGGGACCAUCCACUCUGACAUGUUCCUGCUGAAGCGAGAGGGUAAAGACGGACAAGAGAAGUGGUCGUGGUCCAGGGUGAACCCCUCAGGUAAUAAGCCCCCUCCUCGCUCUGGUUUCUCCCUGGCGGUGGGUCCGGCGGGACGAGCGGUGCUGUUUGGUGGGGUGUGUGACGAGGAAGAGGAGGAGACGCUGGAGGGCGACUUCUACAAUGACCUCUACCUGUACGAUACUGUGAAGAACCGCUGGUUCCCCGGCCAGCUCAGGGGAAACAAGACGGAGAAGAAGAAACGACGGAGGGGGAAGAAGGGUGGGGCGGAGGGAGAGGGAGCGGAGAAGGAGGAGGACGGAGGGGAGGCGGAACCUCAAGGGCCCACUGAGGUCGUCAAGGAGAUCGUCACCGAGGACGGCACCGUGAUGACCAUCAAAGAAGUGAUUCCUGGUUCUCAGGAGGAUGAAGAAGAAGAGGAAGAAGAGGAAGACGAUGCUUCGGCCCCACAGGUGGAGCCUUGCCCGAGGUCCAGCUCCAUGGCAACGGUGCGUCAGGGCAAGCUCUUCCUGUACGGGGGGAUGUUUGAGGUGGGCGACCGCCAGUUCACCCUGAACGACUUCUACUGCCUGGACCUCCACAAGAUGGACCAGUGGGAGGUUCUGGUCGAGAUGGACCCGAAGACGCAGGAGUGGCUGGAAGAGUCUGAGUCAGAGGGUGAUGAUGACGAUGAGGAGGAGGAGGAGGAGGAGGCGGAGGCGAAGGGAGCAGAAGCGGAGGAAGAGGAGUCUGAAGAGGAGAGUGACGACGAGGAAGAUGAAGAAGACCACCCCGCCGUGCAGGAGGGGGAGACGGUGAUGGAUUACCAGACCCGGACGGAGCAGUACUGGAUCGGAGUCGCACGUUCCAACAUGGGCCCCGACGCCAAGGACAAAAAGGUCGCCAAGGUUGCCCUCGCUAUGGCUAAAGUCUUCUAUGAAGACCAGUAGAGAGACGCAGAGAACUGUCUGAGUGUUUAUGUGUCAUGGAUUACAUUUUAUAAAACACCUGGAACUUAUCACGGUUUUAUUCAGAUUCCCUGAAAUGAUCCAACAUUUUUUUUUUAAUAAAAUAACUUUAUUCAUU